AUCAGGAUGCUGCUCCUCUGCCAUGCUCUAGCUGUAGCACUUAUCCAGAUCUUUAUCGUCUCAGAAAAUUGGGCAUUUGCCAAGAACAUCAACUUCUAUAAUGUGAGGCCUCCUCUCGACCCAACACCAUUUCCAAACAGCUUUAAGUGUUUUACCUGUGAAAAUGCUGGGGAUAAUUACAACUGCAAUCGAUGGGCAGAAGACAAAUGGUGUCCACAAAAUACACAGUACUGUUUGACAGUUCAUCACUUCACCAGUCAUGGAAGGAGUACAUCCAUCACCAAAAAGUGCGCCUCAAAGAGCGAAUGCCAUUUUGUUGGCUGCUACCACAGAGAUUCUGAACAUACAGAGUGUAGGUCUUGCUGUGAAGGAAUGAUCUGCAAUGUAGAAUUACCCACCAAUCACACGAACGCAGUCUUCGCAGUAAUGCAUGCUCAGAGGACAUCUGGCGGCAGCACCCAUACACUCUACCUACCAGUACUUGCCUGGGUCUUCACGCUUCCAUUACUAUGA